AUGGAGAGAUCUCAUGGGGGCGAUCGGGUUUUGGAAGACCGAUUGCUGCAACUUGAAGAGAAGAUGGAACUGAUGCUGGAAGGACCAAUAUCAAAUCGCCAAGUUGACACACCCAUGUCGCACUCUCGUCGCAUCCAAAGCCGUGAGAAUACAUUGGAAUCAAGUGAUAGGCAGGAGAUACCUAUCAUGCCUACAAGGCCGAGUGGUGAGAUGUCUAUGCAAAGUACAAAUACGCGUGCCUUUACAAUGCCACCUAAAGAGAUCAUUACGGAGGGUAUUGCCCUUUAUUUCCAAUACUGCCACAAGCAACCUCUGUGGCUUUUUCACCCAGAAGACCUUGCUGUCCCAGCAAAAUGUCGGAGCGAGGUGGUAUUCGGCAUACUUAGUCUUUCUCUGCGUUACUCAAAUAACCCCUUUCUGGAAGGACGAACAGACCAAAUGUGCCGGCAAUACGCCGAGGCCGCUCGCAGCUAUGCCAUGUUCCGCAUAGCCCAAGGCACCGUGAACCUCUCAACAUUACAGAGCUUUUGUCUGAUUGCACUGGCAGAAUACAUCGCCAAUGACACUCACCUUGCGAGACUACACAUCGGCCUUGCAACAGACCUCGCCAAGUGUGCAGGCAUUGACAUUGAGCUUCACGAGGGUGAAGUUAUCCCUGAAUUAGAAGAACGAAGAAGAGUGUUUUGGAGCAUCCAUCUUCUCAACCAGCAAUACGCUCCGCACAACAUGCACAUAAACAUGCUACAAGAUAUUCAUAACCCGAAGUACAUGGUUGCUAACACGGACUCUUUACGGGAAAUGGGAGCGAAGCCUCCUCAGGUCCCUCAGGAGAACGGUGCCUUUACAUCCAGAGGAGGCAUAUGGAUUUACAUGGUGCAAUUAUCGAGUCUUUGGAGUGAAGUACAACAUUAUGUUUCCCAUUGCGCUAGCGGAGAUACCACACCACCAUGGUCGGUAGACUCCGGCUACUGUAUCAUUGGGGCUCACCUGAUGGACAUCGAGACAAACUUUCCUACCACCCAUCGAUACGAUUCAGCAAGGUUUCAGGACCAGUCACCAGAAGAACUGAACAGCGACCGUGGGUACUGGAGUGCCUGGCUGUACCUUCAGUUCACCUACCACGCUGUACACAGUGUCCUUAACCACCCUUUUCUUUACUCUUGGCGACCUCAACAGUCUGCCCAGCUUGCAGUACCAAACACAUUCUGGAAGACAUCAUCGGAGCUUGCGCUUAUUCAUACGACGUGGACCGUUCGACUCGUUGACAUGAUUAUCGAGAAGGGGUAUCAAUUGUCUGACCAUUUUCUCGGUCAUGCGGUGGCGAUCGCGGCCACUAUUCACAUUUAUUACUGCCGCGCUGCGGAUCCCGCCGUGAGAGAGUCUUCUCAACGGAAGCUUGAGACUUGCACGAGAUUUCUGGGGGAUCUAGCGCCCAGAUGGCCAAGAAUACAAGCAAUACAUCAAAAAAUUCAGACACUCAUUCGGUCAGCAUUUGCCGUCAGUCCACAUACAACAAGUGAUGGUCGUCAGCCUCGAAGGACUUUAUCAAUAGAUACGGCAUUGAUGUGGGAUAUUCUCUGUCAUAAGUCUCCCAAGACUCAAUUCGAUUCUCCAGGAGAAAGUCUCUUCGAUGCAUCAUUCCUGCGGCCCCUUGGAAAACAGCGCCGAGGACAAAUGACAGUCGAAACCGAGGUAUUCCACCAUUUCGCAACAGCAGUCGACACAUCGGAUGGAGGCCAAGCGAUGCCGCCAUGCUCGAGUACAUUGCAUGGACGAGCCGAUGAUGAGAAUUCGGAAGAUGAGCCUUGGAGCCGGCAUAACUCGGACCCAUUUGACAAUAAUCCAGAACAAGUGCCGCUGCGUGAGCCAUUUGCGUGGUCGGGAUCAGGAUUUCUAGGCGAUGCAUCUUUCAUGGACAUUAUGCAUGAUCCAUUUUUCCAGUUUCAGGACCGUGAAAAUCCUUAUACUGGAGUAUGGGAAAUUGGCAAUCUGUGA